UUGGCAUGCAGUAGAGACCGAGACUUGGCCAGGUGUGCACCUCUCGCGCCCGCCCGCCGAAAGCAGUGCGCAACUUUGUGGACUUGUGUUUCGAGUGGAGCGAGUGCUCGGACGGACGGGACACGUGUGGACGGGUGCUCAGUGGCCGAUAAAUCGGUCCGAGUGACGUGCGAACGCGUGCGGUGCGUAAUAUUCGCGAAAACAGUGCUCGAACGCACCUGUUGCAGGUGCAGGAGAUAGCAACGCGCGAGUUUGCGGAAUACGAAUUAAAAAGAUCUCUGGUCAGCCAUAUUGAAAUACCUGUAAAGGUAAGCUCACCUACCACUGGCAUCUUCAAGAGGAGCAGCAGCCGAGUGGCCGGCGACCAAAACAAUCGACAUCCAACUAUCUCCGUCAGCCGGAAUCGCACCGCAACAGAGACUGAGAAUUAAAAGGGGAGUUUCCCUUUAAGUGCUCACUUAACUGACUGACUAUUAAUUAAAAGCUAAAUAAAAACAAAUCGAAGCAACAGCCGUGCGAGUGCCGCAUAGUGAAGUGAAUGGCUCGCGGAGGCAGAUUUCUGGAGGCAGUAUGCGGAGGCAGUGAUUAAAUGGGCAGCACCAUGCUUCGCUGGUGGCUGGCCUUUUUGCUGCUGCUGGCGCCGGCCACUGCCGGACAGCCGGGCCCCGGCCCUGGGCGCAAACGUUCGCCCAUGACGCAGGUGUUAGCACCGUCUCUUGACGUCCAGCAGAUGCAGUCGCGAGCGGUGGACACGCGCGUCCAGCUCGAAAUUCAAGAGGGUGAGCCGCGUGGCACCGUCGUCGGCGCCAUUCCCACCAAACCUGGCUUCACCUACCGUUUUAAUGAAAAUCCGCGAGAAUUUUAUUUGAACGGCAGCACCGGAGAAAUUGUGACCAACGUCGUGCUGGACAGGGAAGCAUUGCGGUCGGACAGAUUCGACCUGGUGGUGCUGUCCAGUCAGCCGACGUAUCCGAUAGAGGUGCGAAUUUUGGUGCUCGACGUCAACGACAACGCACCUGAGUUCCCUGAACCCAGCAUUCACGUGACAUUCUCCGAGAGCGCCAGUCCGAGCACCAGACUGCUGCUAGACACCGCUAGCGACCGCGAUGCUGGGGUCAACGGAGUGUCCAAAGAGUACAGACUGGUUUCGGACGACGAGGAAGUCAACAACAAGUUCAAAUUAAUAGUCACGUCAAAUCCAAGCGGAGAAACGUCUUAUUUACACCUGGAGACUACCGGCAAGCUGGACAGGGAGACGCGGGCUUCCUACCAACUAAAUGUGUCUGCUCGGGAUGGCGGGACACCACCACGCUAUGGAUACUUGCAAGUCAAUGUGACUAUCGUGGACGUCAACGACAACCCACCGAUUUUCGAUCACAGUGAUUACAUCGUGUCACUUAAUGAAAGUGUCCCACCCGGAACAGCGGUGCUUCAAGUGAUGGCUACGGACAGCGAUGUUGGCGACAAUGCGCGAAUUACGUACUAUUUGGCCGAUGGAGAAACCCAGUUUGGCGUCGACACUGAAACCGGUGUAAUUUCCACAACUGAAACGUUAAACUGUCCCCAAAACUGUCGGCCCCAAGGACCGCCCAAUGGUGGUGGUUGUCCGAAAAGCUGUGUGUUUACUGUGUUUGCUAGAGACCAUGGUUCGCCACGCCAAGACGGCAGGACGUACGUGACAGUGAAUUUGUUAGACACCAACGACCAUGACCCCGUCAUAACGUUCCGCUACUUCCCAUCAACAGCAGUAUUUGCUACAGUCGACGAAAAUGCUAAAAAUAGCUCCGUCGUGGCCGCGGUGUCUGUAAUCGACCAAGAUGAGGGCUUGAAUGGCCAAACAGAGGUUGAAAUCAAGGCUGGAAACGAACUUGGACACUUUCAUUUGGACCACUCAUCCACUUUUGAUCUUGUCAGAGUGAACGGUGUUCUGGACAGAGAGCAAAUCAACAAGUACAAUUUGACGCUGGUGGCCACCGACAAAGGCAGCCCGCAACGCACUUCAGUAGCAUUUCUGAUCAUCUACGUCAACGACAUCAACGAUCACGAACCAGUGUUUGCCAAAACGGAAUACUCGGCGGUGCUCAGCGAAUUGGCGCCCGUGGGCACCUUUGUUGCCAGCAUUAUCGCUUCUGACGAAGACACAGGCGUGAAUUCAAACAUCUUUUACGCUUUUGACACCGGCAACGAACAUCGCUGGUUCAACAUUGACAGAGACUCCGGUUUGGUGACCACGCGGGCGGCGUUGGACAGAGAAAUUCAGGGCACCAUCGAGCUAAAAGUUUCAGCGCGUGACGGCGGUCCAAAUCCAAAAUGGGCUUACACAAGAUUGCGCGUCACUAUCCUGGACGAGAACGACAAGCGACCGCAAUUCAGUGUGGAAAAAUUAAAUGCGAGUUUGUCCGAAAGUGCACCGCCGCAGACAUUGAUUGCCAUGUUGAGUGCCACUGACCAGGACCAAGGCACUAAUGGCAGCGUCACUUACAGCCUUCACUUGAAUGUGCGGCAGGAAUAUCCAGGUGUGUUUUCACUGGACAGCACGACCGGUCAGUUGACUACGCGGACAAAGCUAGACAGAGAAAAAAUUGCAAAGUAUGAAAUUUCAGUCAUUGCAAAAGAUAAAGGCGUGCCACCGCAAUCUUCAACGGCCACGGUAUACCUCACUGUCGAAGAUGUCAACGACAACAGCCCUGAAUUUUAUCCCCAAAAAUAUUUUAUACCGGUGCCAGAGGAUACAAAAGGUGACUCUUCAAUUUUAAGUGUGACCGCUACUGACCAGGACGAAGGACAAAAUGCGCAAAUCGAGUACAGUAUUGUGGACGGUGGAGAUGGUCUCUUCAAGCUCGAUCGAGCUACUGGAGUGUUAUCCCUGACGGCGCCGUUAUCAACGUCACACAAACCACUCCAUCGAAUCAGAAUAUCCGCCAAAGACAAAGGUGACCGGAAGGCCGUGGAUGAUGCAGUGGUCGAAAUAAUCAAAGCCUCACAUCUUGAAGAAUUAAAAUUCGAAUCACCGAUCGGCUAUCAUUUUGAAAUUCGCGAAGAUCAUGACAAAAAGGAGGCCUCGGUUGGACGAGAAGUUGGAAGAGUGCGCGUAGCCAGUGAAUCCAGAGACAUAAAAUACCACAUCAUGUUUGGUGACCCGAAGAAGGCUUUUCAAAUCGAUGAGCGCACUGGUGUGAUCUCCACCGCCAAUCGAGUUGACCGUGAAACGGCCGCCUCCUAUCGCCUCACGUGCGUGGCCCGUGCUGGCCCUGCUCUCAUGGGACGCACAGAAGUCAACGUAACCAUCCUGGAUGAAAAUGACAAUGCACCACAGUUUCCUCGCGAAAAAGAAGAGGUGAAGCUGCGGGAAAAUGCACCUGCUGGUCAUGAAGUGUACCUGGCGCGUGCUGUUGACAGGGAUGCUGGUCCCAACAGUAGAGUCAGUUACAGUUUGACGAGCAACCCUGGAGAACAGUUCCGCAUUGCCGAGGCAACUGGAGUAAUUUAUCUCAACAAACCGGUCACCGCAGAACCAGGCACAGUCAUCAAUCUCGAAGUCACUGCGAGUGAUUCUGGAGAGCCAUCGUUGAAUUCUCGUCACUCGCUUUUGAUCACCAUUGAGGACGUGAAUGACCACACUCCUGUCUUUGACCACACGUCAUAUGAAACAUCAAUUUUGGAAUCGGCUCCAGUCAACGACAGAUUUUUCGCAUUGGCAGCUUCAGAUGCCGAUCUAGGUGCGAAUGGAAGGCUUAACUACGAAAUUACAGAAGGCAACAGUGAAAAUAAGUUUGGGGUGUUCCCUGACGGGUAUUUGUAUGUGAAGAGCCCUCUCGACAGGGAAACCAGAGACUACUACUCGCUGGUAGUGACAGCUCGAGACGAAGGUGAACCCCCACGCAGCUCACAGGUGCCUGUAGUGAUUCACGUAAUCGAUGAAAAUGACAACAAGCCUGAGUUCACGAACAGUUCAUUCAAUUUUUAUGUCCGUGAAAACCAGCCACCAGACACGUUCGUUGGAAAACUGACCGCCACAGAUCUGGACAUAGGCCGCAACGCUGAACUCACAUUCUCACUGAUUGGUGCGCAACCGGGCGAUUUUGUCGUUGAUCCCAAGAACGGUUUCCUCAAAACUCUGCGCCAAUUUGACCGUGAAGAACUAGUCAAAGUGACCGGUCAGAGCCACAUCGUUCUCGAGGCCAUCGUUACGGACAAUGGAGUCAGCAAGCUGAAGGACAAAGUCAAGCUGAACAUUUUUAUCACCGAUGUCAAUGACAACGUGCCAAAGUUUCUGCGCACACCAUACAAAGUGCAAAUAUCUGAAGCCUCACCAGUAAACUCACAAGUUCUUCGUGUGUACACCGUGGAUGCAGACGAAGGCUUGAACGGGGACGUGUUUUACGCCAUCACCGGAGGCGAUGAAGAGCGCUGUUUUGCCAUGGACGAAGCUACGGGCCAAAUUUCAGUUGCAAGAAUGUUGGAUCGUGAGAGACAAGCCCGCUACGAGCUGCAGGUUUCUGCUUACGACGCUGGCGAAGGCGUCACCCUUAGUGCCACUACCACCAUUCGUGUCGACGUUUUAGACGAAAAUGACAACGCGCCGGAGUUCACGCAGAGUGAAGCUCGCAUCGCAAUUGCUGAGACAACGACCGUCAACUCAAAACUGGUACAGUUUCGCGCGAUAGACGCCGAUCUGGGUGUCAACAGCGAGGUCACCUUCUCUGUAGCUGCAGGCAACCGGCGGGACACGUUCCACGUUGACCCAAGCAGUGGUGUCCUCUACUUACACCGUCCACUUGACUACGAGGAGAUCAAUAUGUACAACCUGAACAUCACCGCCUCAGACGGAGGUAACCCACGCCUCUCGACCACAGUUCCAUUCAUCGUUCGCGUUCUGGAUGCCAACGACAACCCACCGGUGUUCCCCAGCACAGCUAUUGUUCGCCAAAUCCAGGAAGGCAUUCGCGUGAAAACUCCAAUCGUGACUGUGAGUGCCGACGAUCCAGAUUCGGGUGCCAAUGGCCAGGUGCGUUACUCGAUAGCGCAACAGGAUCCACCUGGAGACCAUUUUGGUAUCGACCCAAGCGUUGGUGUCAUCCACACCCUUCGUGCCAUCGACCGAGAAGCCGUGGACACAUUCCGCCUCACCGUUGUUGCCACGGACAGUGCUCAAGCGCCAGAAAUGCGCCUGUCAGCCGAGAAACUGGUCACCGUCAUUGUGGAGGACGUCAACGACAACGCUCCCAUGUUCGUCUCUAUGAGUGCCGCCCUGCUACCGACGAAUCCAGUGAGGGACGCAUUGGUGACCAACGUUGCGGCCAACGACCUUGACUCGAGCACAAACGGCCUUGUUACGUACGAGUUGGUCUCUGGAAACACUGACCUUUUCCGUUUGCACCGGAAAACCGGCGCCCUGCAACUGAAGAGAUCGAUUUCAGAACCUGAGGCGCGCUACCAGCUUACAGUGAAGGCGACGGACGAGGCUGUCCAAUCGGAACGGAAGUCCACCGACGCGUACCUCACCAUCAUCGCGGCUGGGGAGGAUGGAGGCCCAACCUUUUUGGGCGAGCCUUACACGGGUAGCGUCUACGAAAAUGAAUCUAUCGGCACGAGCAUGCUGAGUGUGAAGGCGCGCCACUCAUCUAAUUCACUCGCCGAAAUUGAGUACUACGUGACAAAUGUGACUAGUCUGAACGGCCGACAGGCCGACCGACUGUUCGACGUCGACCCCAAGAUGGGCACAAUCACCAACGCGGCCGUGCUGGACCGCGAGGGUGGCAGUGAUGUGUACGAAGUCACCGUGUAUGCAGUCGUCGUAGGCACCGCUACUCCACAAACCUCCUCAACAAAGGUCAAAAUCAGUGUUUUGGACAAGAAUGACAGCCCACCGGUGUUCAAGGACAUGCCCAGCUCGCUGUCGGUGUCUGAGGAGCUGGCCGUGGGUCAGACCGUGACCACCAUCCGGGCCGUUGACCCCGACACCCUGGGUCAGCUGACCUACUCGCUGGUGUCUGGCGACGACACGAAGCGCUUCCAACUCGACUCGGUGACCGGAGAACUGCGACUCAGGGAGCCGCUCGACAGGGAGACCACCGACACCUACAAGGUCAAGGUGCGCGCCAGCGACGGCCUCCAGUUCCAGGAAACCACCCUUGCCAUCAAGGUGACGGACACGAACGAUAAUCCUCCCGUGUUUUCGGAGAGCGCCUACUCGUUCGACGUGUCGGAAAACGCGGCGCGCGGCACCCGCGUGGGCGAGGUGUCCGCCUCCGACCUGGACGAGGGCACCAACGGCCAGGUGACCUACACGGUCAUCUCGGACUGGGCCAAUGACGUCUUCUCGCUCAACCCCCAGAGCGGCGUGUUCACCCUGACGUCGCGGCUUGACUACGAAGAGGUCCAGCACUACAUCUUCGUGGUGCAGGCGCAAGACACGGGCCGGCCUAGCCUGUCGUCCACGGUUACUGUCUACUUCAACAUCGUCGACUUGAACGACAACGCGCCGCUCUUCGACCCGAUGAGUUACAGCAACGAAAUCUUCGAGAACGUCACCAUCGGCAGCAGAGUUGUCAAAGUCAGCGCCACCGAUCUAGAUUCUGGCGACAAUGGACGUUUGGAGUACUCGAUUUCGUCCGGCGACGAGGACAAUGACUUCGACAUCUCCGAGAAUGGCACCGUCGUGACCGCAAGGGCACUGGACAGGGAGCAGAAGGCCCUCUACAGCCUGGUGGUCACGGCCAUUGACCAGGCGGCGCCACCGCAGCAGAGACUUUCGUCCACUGUGCAGGUGACGAUCGUUUUGAAAGACGUGAACGACAUGGCUCCCGAGUUUGUGUCACCAAACGAGACCUCUGUGCCGGAGAAUUUGCCUGUGAACACCGUGGUGAUGGCAGUCAAGGCAACCGACAAGGACGAAGGACGCAACAGCUACGUCGAGUACUCGCUUUCGGGCGAGGGUGCAAGCAGUGUUUUCACUCUUGGUCCGGUGGAUGGUCUUCUUAGGGUUUCUGGACGCCUGGACCGGGAGCUAAAGGCUAAUUACACCUUACAGGUGACCGCCAAAGACCGCGGCGAGCCGACGCGUUCCACCACAUCGACACUUGUGUUGCACGUGUUGGACGAAAACGACAACAGCCCCGUCUUCGACCCGAAGCAGUACAGUGCUUCAGUGCCUGAGAACGCGUCCAUCGGCGCCAGCGUGCUGCGCAUUUCUGCCACUGACGUGGACGCCGGGCUGAACGGCCGCGUGCGCUACGUGAUCGCGGCCGGCGACCGCAACCGCGACUUCAGCAUCAGUGAGGACACGGGCGUGAUCCGCGUGGCCAAGAACCUAAACUUUGAGCGCAAGAGCCAAUACUCGCUGACCGUGCAGGCCGAAGACUGCGGCAGCGCCGAUGUGCGCUACGACUCAGCGCUGCUCACCAUCAGUGUCACCGACAUCAACGACAAUCCGCCGACGUUCCUCGACUCGCCGUACCUCGCGUACGUCGUGGAGAACACCAAGUUGCUGCCCGCGUCUGUCAUCACGGUGCGCGCAUUCGACGCGGACACGCCGCCCUACAGCCAAGUGCGCUACUUCAUCAAGGAGGGUGAUUCGGAGCUCUUCAAAGUCAACGCGUCCACCGGCGAGAUCACGCUACACCGGGCAUUGGACCGCGAGCGUCAGGCGGAAUACAUACUCACCCUGGUCGCCAUGGACACCGGUACUCCCCCACUGACAGGGACAGGCACCGUCAGGGUCAUCGUGCAGGACAUGAAUGACCACAGUCCCGAGUUUGAGAGGCAGUCCUAUUCUUCCGAAGUGGCCGAGAAUGCCAUUGCUGGUAUCGAAGUCCUCUGGCCGUCUGCGUCUGACAAGGACGCGGGACUCAACGCCCUGCUUAGGUUUUCGUUACUAGGCGAUCUGUCUGAGAGAUUCGUCGUCGACCCAAUCACUGGACGCAUCACCACCGCCGUCCAGCUGGACAGGGAAGAGUACAGUGUCUACCACUUGACUCUGGUCGCAAGGGACUCAUCGGUCACAGACCCCAAGGCUGCUGCAGCCCACGUAAUCAUCAGGGUGAAAGACGAAAAUGACAACUCGCCAAAGUUCGCUCAAUCUAAAUACGCUGUCCACGUUCAAGACACAACUGGUCCAGGCAAUUUCGUAUUUGGGGCCCGAGCCACAGAUGACGAUGAAGGCUCCAACAGCCGCAUCACUUACUCUCUUGCCGGCGAUGACGCCUCACUGUUUGCGCUGGACGCCAACACGGGCGUGCUCACCGCGGCCAAGGAACUUAGAGCAGCCGCAGCCAACAUCAACAACGCGCUGUUCCACGUGGAAAUUUUGGCCACCGAUGGAGGCCAGCCAUCGAAAUCGGCAUCGGCCAGUUUGGACGUACAUUUGGUUGCCGCCAACCUAUUCCCCAAAAUUACCUCGCAGAAAACGCAGUUCUCUUUGCCCGAGGACGCCGAGGAGCAAGUGAUCACUAAGGUGCGCGCCAGUUCGCCAAAAAGCGGAGCUGCAGGUGUCGUCAGGUUCUCCAUCGCCGGUGGGGACGUGGGCAGUGCCCUGAAAAUGGACUCUGCUUCAGGAGAGGUGAUCGUGAGCCGGGGCUUGGAUUACGAAACGGCGCCGCAGUACGAGGUGUGGGUCGAGGCUCGUGACUCUGACAGCCCGCCGCUGCGUUCAGUGACGCAGCUGUUGAUCAACCUGACCGAUGCCAACGAUAACGCUCCAGUUCUUGAGCACCAGGUGUACAAUGCCACAAUUCUGGAGGAAGAGAUGGCACCGCAGAAGGUGCUGCGCGUGAAAGCCACAGACGCCGACUCUGGAGACAACGGAAAGGUCCUCUACAGGUUGAAGCCAACAACUGACGUGGACCGAGCUUUCACCAUGGACGCCGAGACUGGAGAAAUCUUCACCAAUGUGAGGCUGGACCGAGAAUCGGUGUCUUCGUACGCGCUUGUUGUCGAGGCUAUCGACCGUGGCCGACCCCAGUUGACUGGAAGCGCCACCGUUUUGGUGCAGGUCCGAGACAAGAACGAUAAUCCACCGCGAUUCACUCGCCUCUUCAGCGUCAACGUGACCGAGAACGCUGAGGUAGGUGUUUUCGUCAUCCAGGUUACCAGCUCGGACUUGGACGUCGGGGCCAACGCAAACGCAACCUACAGCUUCUCUGCGAAUCCUGGCAAGAAGUUCAAGAUUGAUCCUCUGUCUGGAAACGUAACAGUCGCAGGCCCACUGGACCGCGAGACUCAGGAUGAAUAUUUGCUCAAGGUGGCAGCCUUUGAUGGCUCUUGGCGCGCCGAAACGCCCCUGACGAUCACCAUUCAGGACCAGAACGACAACGCACCGGAGUUUGAACACGAUUAUUACAAUUUCAACUUCCCUGAGCUGCAGAGUAGCAUGACUUUCGUCGGCCAAGUGUCUGCCACCGAUCGGGACAAACAGGGACCAAACUCUGUUAUCUCGUACUCUCUAAAGAGACCAUCAGACUCUUUCAACGUGGAUCCAGCCAGUGGAGAAAUUUUCUCCAAACGUACUGCUCGCUACAGACACGCAACUCCCUCGGCCACCAGGGCGAAAAUGGAACCUUCGCCGGAGAACCAACACCAGCUGGUCGUGAUUGCCACUGACAACGGAAAACCUCCCAUGUCUUCGGAAUGCCUGGUCACCAUCAAUGUGGUGGAUGCCAACAACAACGCCCCCAAGUUCAAAUCCAGUGACGUCUUCUCGCCAGUUCCAGAGGUGGCCGCUGUCGGACAGCAGAUCGUCCAAGUCGAAGCAAAGGAUGACCUCGAUUUUGGCGUAAAUGCGGAAGUUGAGUAUCUGAAAAUGGGAGGAAACGGCUCUGAGUACUUUGAGCUUGACCCUAACACAGGGUGGGUGACGGUCGCCAAACCACUGACCGGACACCGUCUUCGUCAGUACGCUUUGGAAAUCAGAGCGGUCGAUCAUGGAUCGCCGCCUCAACACGCUGACGCUCGACUCACCCUGAUCAUCACCGGUGACAACAGGCACAGCCCGGUCUUUACCACUCUCAGCUAUCAAGUCAUUGUUCCUGAAAACGAGCAGAUCGGCUCCAACAUACUCUCAAUCACCGCCACAGAUAGCGACGAUGGACCAAACGGGCAGGUGCGAUACAACAUCAGCGCCGGCAACGAGAAUGGUGACUUUGAAAUCCACCCAGUCUCCGGCGCCAUCACCAUCAAGCACCAUCUCGAUUUUGACACCGUGAAGUUCUACAAAUUGAACAUUUCUGCUUCCGACAUGGCGUUUCAGCCGCGAACCGCGACUGCCCAUUUGCUGGUCAUGCUAAGCGACGUCAACGACAACGCUCCGCAGUUCAAUCAAAGCGUAUACCAAGCGCACGUCAGGGAAAACUUGCCGGUGGGCACGUUCGUAUUUACAGCCAAUGCCACGGAUGCUGAUUCACCAAAUAAUGCAGCCAUUCAAUACUCGAUUGUCGGCGGAAGCGGCCGCGAGGUAUUCUCCAUCGACUCUAAAACCGGCAAAAUCGUCACCAGGGCUGUGUUUGACUUCGAGGAGCAGAGCUCAUUUGUACUAGAAAUUUUGGCUUCCAAUCCUAGCUCACCACAGUAUGGCUCUUGCAAAAUUGAGAUCCAUAUCACUGGCGAAAACGAGUUCUUUCCCAAGUUUGUGCAGCCUGUGUUCCAAUUCACCGUUUCCGAGUCUGCCGGCAUCGGAACCAGCAUUGGGGCCAUUCAAGCCACGGACCAAGACGCUGGACAGGAUGGCAACGUUUAUUACCUUUUGGUUGGCUCCAGCAACGACCGCGGCUUCAGCAUCGGUCCCAGCACGGGCGUCCUCACAAUCUCGCGACGUCUGGACCGAGAAACGCAAAACCGAGUUGUGCUCACAGUCCUCGCCAAGAACGCAGGCAGCAUCCGUGGCAACGACACUGACGAAGCGCAGGUUGUCGUGACCAUCCAAGACGGCAACGACCCGCCUGAGUUCACUCGGCCCGAGUACGAAGUUCGUAUCGCUGAAGACGCGCUCGCGGGCACAAGUGUCAUCGGCGUCACCGCGGUUGACAAGGACGUGCGUCCGCAGAACAACCAGUUCAGCUACUCCAUCAUCGGAGGCAAUGUCGGCCAAGCCUUCAAGGUUGACCCUCACUCGGGCAUAAUCGAAACCUCCGCGCAGCUCGACAGAGAGCGUCUGCCGGAAUAUUCGUUGGUGAUCGGUGCCAUCGACACAGGCACUCCACCUCAAACUGGAACCACCCUGGUGCGCAUCAUGCUCGACGACGUCAAUGACAACGGCCCGAUGUUGAACCCUCCGGAUGUCGUUGGUUACAUCAUGGAGAACGAGCCGGCCGGCACGAGCGUGGUGGUCCUGGGAGCAAACGACGCCGAUCUGUCACCAAACGGUGCGCCGUUCAAGUUUCGCAUUGUCGGCGGAGAGCACCGCGACAUGCUCACCAUCGACACCAACUCGGGUCUCAUUAAAACGACCACCAGCAUUGAUCGCGAGGGCACUCCAGAACUGCAUUUCACCGUUGAGGUUUCGGACAGUGGCAAGCCACCAAUGAGAGCGCAGCACCAAGUCACCGCAGUGGUGCUCGACAAAAAUGACAGCCCCUCGACGCCCAGGACAGUUCACGUUUUGGUGCACGCCUUCAGCGGUCGUUAUCCCAGCGGAAAAGUAGCUGACGUGCGUCCCAACGACCCGGACAACACUGGACGAUAUUCUUGCAGACUGGUUGGCACUCACCGUGGCGCAUCCAUAAUGCCAGGUGGAUGUGACCUGACGGUUAACAAACCUCAAGGAAGCGGAGGGUUGGCACUGAGCGUGUCUGGAAACGACGGCCAGCACCCUGACGUCGUGAGCACUGUCACAGUCGAGUUCAUCGCUUUUGAUAACUCCAGCGUAGAAAACAGCUUAACAAUGCGCCUGGAAAACACCACUGCCUCGCGCUUCUUGGCGCUCCACUAUCGCGCUCUUUUGGAUGCCUUGAAAGACAGGGGAGACACACCCUUGCUCUUUGGUCUGCACGAGGCUGAUAACGGACUGGAAAUUCAAUUGGCCAUCAAGACCGCCACCAACAAGUACAGGUCACCGAGCCAGGUGUCUGAAACCCUGACAAAGAAGAGGGACGUACUCCAGCAGAUCCUGCAAGCGCCUUCAAUGGCUGUCAACUAUUCGCCGUGCCAAAAUUCCGUCUGUGAGAAUGGAGGAUCCUGUUCUGCGUCAGUGAAGGUUGCAGCAGAAAGUCAAAUAACAGACAGCCCCAGCCUAAUUUUCACUGCACCAAAGGUGGCGCAUGAUUUUACCUGCCGCUGCAAAGAGGGUUUUACCGGGAAACGGUGCGAGCGUCGUCAAGACCCUUGUUCGCCAAAUCCAUGUCAAUCGGGCGGCACGUGCAGACGACCGUCACCACCGUCCACUGCCGAAUUCCAAUGUGUCUGCCCGCCUCUGCACGAGGGCCGUCUCUGCGAGCUGGAACGCAGCAACGUGUGUGCCGGCAGUCCGUGCCGUAACGGCGGCUCCUGCCGCGAGAGCCCCGACGGCGCCUCCUUCUUCUGCCUGUGCAGACCAGGCUACCGCGGCAAUCACUGUGAAUUGGUGUCCGACUCGUGCAGACCCAACCCCUGCAUGAACGGUGGUCAGUGCAUUCCGCUGAAGCCGGGCUACCGCUGCCAGUGCCCUGACACGCACCAUGGACACCACUGUGAACGCAGCUCCUUUGGUUUCAACGCACUCUCGUACAUGGCCUUCCCGACCCUGGAUGCGGCCACCAACGACAUCACCAUGAUUUUUGCCACAGCCAAGCGCGACGCCCUUCUCGUUUACAAUUACGGUGCUCAGACAGGAGGUCGAUCGGACUUUGUGGCCUUGCAGAUUGUCAACGGAACGGUCACGUUUUCUUACGGCGGCGCCAGAACAGCGGUGACCACUAUUUCCACCGGAGGAACAGUUUCCGACGGCAACUGGUACAAAGUAACGGCGACAAGAAACGGUCGUGUCGUGUCCCUGGCUGUGGCCUCAUGCUCAGAGCACGGAGAAAGUUGCAACGAGUGUAAACCUGGCGACACUACUUGCUACGCUGACGACGUUGGCCCUGCAGGAACGCUCAACUUUAAUGGCCACCCAAUGUUGCUGGGCGGCCUAGGCAGCGCCGAACCACUUCUCGAAAGACUGGGUCAGUUACAUUCUGACGACUUUGUGGGCUGCGUGCACAGCAUGGCAGUGAACGGCCGCCAACUCAACCUGAGCAACCCCCUCAGCUCCAGCGGCGUGGACAAGACUUGUUCGCGCUCCAGGGGCUCUUGCGGCGUGCCCGACAGAGACCCUUGCGGCGGCUUGGGCGUGUGCCUGGCGCGCUGGCCCAGUCCUGCCAUGUGCCGCUGCCCUGGUGGCCUUCUGGCACCCAACUGUGAUGCCGCCCUCGCUUCGGUCCACUUGUACGAGGGCGCCUUCCUUGAAGCCAACGUCUCUGAACAACACAGACGCAUGCACUUGCUGGAAUCGCUUUACCAGGGCGGAACGGCGUGGAGGUGGCAGGAGGAAUUGCCGGCCGCUUCUGGUAGCAUCCCCAAGAGGAUAUCGAUUUCGUUCAGAACAGUGCGAAGCAAUGGGACACUGCUCAUCUCUGCAACCAACAACGACUUCACGCUCUUAGAGAUUCGUGGAGGCCACUUGCGAUACAUGUCACGAGUCGGUGCAAGUACUACUGUAAACAUGUCUGUGAACAGUGCUGAUGUCAGUGAUGGAAACUGGCACCGAGUUUCGUUACUCUCUCAGGGACGUGGCCUACGCCUUCUCUUAGAUGGUGUCCGCGUUGGAGAUGAGCUGGACAGUGCGGGAGUGCACGAUUUCCUCGACCCCUACCUCACAUCAAUAGCUAUCGGUGGAUCUAGAAGCUUUGAUACCACUCCAAAUUUUGAAGGAUGUCUUGCCAAUUUUACUAUCAAUGAUGAAGUUCAGCCACUGAAUGGCACCGGCAGCAUUUUCAACGAUAUUGAGUCUUUUGGCAAAGUGCACGCUGGAUGCUCUGGUCCUAUUGUCGGGGCAGCGGCUGCCCCCACCCCGCUGAGUAUUGGUGUCACCCUGGUGAUCGUAUUCUUCAUCAUCCUGAUCGUUGCCAUCCUGGUCAGUUUCGCCGUGUUCCGCCUUCGUCGGCAGAGCAAAGAAAACCCCAAGCAGAACGGAGGGGGCUUGCUGGGUGGUGGGCCUGGAAGUGCUACUAGUUUAGGGGUCGUCGGCCCCGGAGUCAGUGGUGACACGUCCUUCCUGGACGGUGACGUCUCCACUGAAGCUCUCAGGAGCCACCUGGCGCAAGAGUUGGUGUCGAAAAAAUACAAAGAGCGAGAGGUAGCAGACCGACCGCACCCACGACCCGACAUCAUCGAGCGGGAAGUGUCCAAGUCACCUCGCCCUCUGAUGGACGACCAACCCGACCCGUCGGGCAACGACAAUGAUAUGCCGGAGCACUACGACCUGGAGAACGCGAGCUCGAUCGCGCCGUCCGACAUCGACGUAGUGUAUCACUACAAGGGCUUCCGGGACGGCAACGUCCGCAAGUACAAAACGAAUCCACACCUGCCGCCGGCCAGCUUCCACCACAAGCAUGGCCACCGCCACUCGCCGCACAGCUUCGCGCCUCCUCAGUCGGGGCCGUCGCCGGCGCCGCCACCCCCGCACCGCGACAGCCCGCGGGGCAACCACCUGCUGCGGCAGAGCCCAAUCAGCCCAGUGGCGCGGGACUCGCCGAGCGUCAUCAAAAUGCAGAGCACACCGCUGGCGAGGCUCAGUCCAAGCAGCGAGCUGUCGCAGCAGGCGCCGCGCAUCCUCACCUUGCACGACAUCAGCGGCAAGCCUCUGCAGAGCGCCCUGCUGGCCACCACGCAGAGUGCCAAAGACGUGCUCAGCAACAGCGAGCGCAGCCUCAACUCGCAGAGCUCGGGCUCGCUGCACGCGUCGUCGCAAGGCACGAAAAAACGGACCGCCGACGCCGCCAAAGGGCUGACGGCCGAAGAGAUCGAAAGACUUAACUCGCGUCCGCGCACCUCCAGUCUGGUCAGCACCCUGGACGCCGUGUCCAGUUCGAGCGAGGCGCCCAGACGGUCGCGGCUGCCCAUCCGGCGCACGCCGGACCAGCUGGCCGGCCUGAUGGAGUCGGCCAACGACGCGCACGACAACAGUUCCACCACCGACGAGAGCGGCAACGACUCGUUCACCUGCUCCGAGUUUGAGUUCGACAACGCGGGUGCGGGGUUUGAGAAGCGAGAUGUGAUGUUUACAAAGUUGCCUGAGGAGGACGAGGAGAGCGCCCGCACUCCAGACCCGACGCCCUCGGCACCAAACGCCAACAACAAGCCGUUUGACGCGGCCUACAACUCGUUCCGCGGCUCGCUCAGCACAUUGGUGCCCUCUGACGACGACCUGGGACCCCAUUACCGGUCCAGCCUGGGCUGGGAAUACUUCCUCAACUGGGGGCCCAACUACCAGAAUCUCAUAGGCGUGUUCACGGACAUCGCCGAGCUGCCCGACGGGACAGUGGGCGGCGUUGGCGGCCGCUCAACCGCACUCAGACUGCCCGCCUCACCGUCCAAGCCGUCUGAGGAGUACGUGUAAAUUUCGUUGUUGAUAUUAGGAUGGACCCUCGAGUGGGACGCAAGAGUAUAUUUAUGAAAUUCCGCGAAUGUUGUUCUACCCGUGCCAAACGUGUCAUGAAAAAUGUGUAUGAUUCUGUUUUUAUAUAUUGCCACUGAUUGUGCACCUGAAAUUGUGAAUGGAGAGGUUAUCUGAUGGAGCGUUUGUAGAAUAAAAUGAAAUUAAAAAUA